AUGUCACCCCAACUUGGAGACAUUGUAUGUUUUCCCAACUUAAAUUUUUGGCAUGUAACACUAUUUUUCCUGCAGAGCCAAACAUCUCCUACUGGGUCAUCGUAUACUUCCAAUACUAUAUUGAAAGACACCUGUGUUACAAAACUUAAGUCACCUAAGACAGUUUCAUUCAAUAUACCAAAAGUUUCUGGUAAAAUAGCAUCAGAUCAAAAUGUUGAUUUAAUUCAACAAUCAACGUUUGUUGGAGAAUCAAUAUUUGUUGAACAAACCAUUCCUGAUGAACCAGUUGUUGAACAAACCAUUCCUGAUGAACCAGUUGUUGAACAAACCAUUUCUGAUGAACCAGUUGUUGAACAAUCCAUUCCUGAUGAAUCAGUUAUUGAACAAACCAUUCCUGAUAAACCAGUUGUUGAACAAACCGUUCCUGAUGAACCGGUUGUUGAACAAACUAUUCCUGAUGAACCAGUUGUUGAACAAAAUGUUCAUGGUAUACCAGUUGAUAAACAAACCAUUCCUGACGAAUCAGUUGAAACACCAUCAAGCAGAAAGUCAGUUAAAGUCAUUAAAAAGAUGAAACCCAGUGUAAGAAAGAAGAAAAAAGUUGUCGUAAAAAGACCACAAAUAAAAGAUGAGAAUAAUACAAAUGAUAUAUCAUUGGAAACUAUUCCUGGUGAACCAGUUGUUGAACAAACCAUUCCUGUUGAAUCAGUUGUUGAACAAACCAUUCCCGAUGAACCAGUUGUUAAACAAACCAUUCCUGUUGAAUCAGUUGUUGAACAAACCAUUCCUGUUGAACCAGUUGUUGAACAAACCAUUCCUGUUGAAUCAGUUGUUGAACAAACCAUUCCUGGUGAACCAGUUGUUGAACACACCAUUCCUGAUGAACCAGUUGUUGAACAAACCAUUCCUGAUGAACCAGUUGUUGAACAAACCAUUCCUGAUGAACCAGUUGUUGAACAAACCAUUCCUGGUGAACCAGUUGUUGAACAAUCCAUUCCUGAUGAAUCAGUUAUUGAACAAACCAUUCCUGAUAAACCAGUUGUUGAACAAACCGUUCCUGAUGAACCGGUUGUUGAACAAACUAUUCCUGAUGAACCAGUUGUUGAACAAAAUGUUCAUGUCAGUUAA